UGUAUCUGCUUGAGCUUGUUCCCAACAGAACAUUCUUUCCACAACGAGAAUAUGCGGCUAUAUCAGCAUGCGUUCGACACGUGUUUAUUGAAAAGAACGGUCAUAUUAAAAAAAUAGCUCGCGCGAAUCACAAUUCACAACCGCCAUUAUAUUAGGUGUCUAUUUCUCUCGCUCGCUGUCGCUUCCAGCAGAAAGACCCGAAGAAAAUGAAAUUUAGGGCUUUUAAUUUACUCAAUUCUUAGAGUGCAGAACGAGUCUUGAUUGAUUGAAUCUCAAGCAAACGAAGAUGGCGAAGAAUUCAAUUUCGGAAAGCAGCAGUGGUGGUUGUUCAUAUGGAAUUGGUGAAGAAGAAACAAUAAUUGGUCCUCCUGAUCCUGAGAUGUUAAAGAACACGCCAUCAAAUAUAGCAAGGUUAGAAGAUGUAAUUGAUCAGUGUAAAGGUAGACAUAAGUAUCUUGCUCAAACUACAAGUCCUUCUGAUGGUGAAGAUGUUAGAUGGUAUUUCUGUAAAAUCCCUCUUCGAAUCAAUGAGGUUGCAGCAUCAGUUCCUCGAACAGAUAUCGUGGGGAAGAGUGAGUAUUUUCGAUUCAGUAUGAGGGAUUCUCUUGCAUUGGAGGCUUCUUUCUUGCAGAGAGAGGAAGAAUUGCUGUCUUGUUGGUGGAAGGAAUUUGCAGAAUGCAGUGAAGGACCAAGAGUGCACCACGUUGGUGCUGAAACUAAAAUGAAUGGGCAGCAACAAGCAUGCUCUUAUGGAGUUGACCAUUCAGCGGAAUUGGAUGCAGCUGAUGAAGAAAGAAUUGGUGUGCCAGUCAAAGGAGGUCUCUACGAGGUUGAUUUAGUCACGCGUCAGUGUUUUCCUGUUUACUGGACUGGAGAAAAUCGCCGAGUGCUACGAGGUCACUGGUUUGGUCGUAAAAGUGGUCUUGAUUGGCUUCCGGUGAGGGAAGAUGUUGCUGAACAGUUGGAGUUUGCUUAUCGUGGUCAGGUUUGGCAUCAAAGGAGAUUCCAACCAUCUGGUCUUUAUGCAGCUAGAGUUGAUUUACAAGGGUCUAGUCCGGGUUUGCAUGCUCUUUUCAUAGGGGAAGAUGAUAAUUGGGAGGCUUGGCUGAACUUCGGCACUGCUGGGUUUUCUAAUGUUAUCAGCUUGAGAGGAAAUGGCAUUCAGUUGAGGCGUGGAUGUGCUUCGCCUGGAUCUCUAAAACCAACUCAGGAUGAAAUCCGCCAGCAGAAGCAAGAGGAAAUGGACGAUUAUUGUUCGCAGGUUCCAGUGCGUCAUCUAGUAUUUAUGGUACAUGGCACCGGGCAGAGGUUGGAGAAAGCGAAUUUGGUUGAUGAUGUUGGAGAUUUUCGCCAUAUCACUUCCAUUCUUGCUGAGCGACACUUGACUCCCUACCAGCGUGACACUCAAAGAGUACUAUUUAUUCCAUGUCAGUGGAGACGGGGGUUGAAGCUUGGAGGUGAAAGCGCAGUUGAAAAAAUUACUUUGGAUGGUGUACGGGGCUUGCGUGUCACAUUAAGUGCAACUGUGCACGACGUGUUAUACUACAUGAGCCCCGUCUACUGCCAGGAUAUAAUCGACUCGGUAUCAAGCCAAUUAAAUCGGUUAUAUCUGAAAUUUAUGAAGAGGAAUCCAAGUUAUGAUGGAAAGGUUUCCGUAUAUGGUCAUUCUUUGGGAAGUGUUCUGUCAUAUGAUAUACUAUGUCAUCAACAUACCCUAUCCUCCCCAUUUCCGAUGGAGUGGAUGUACAAGGAGCAUGUUAAUGACAAAGAACCCAAAUCUGAAGGAACUAGUAAAUCUCCUGAAUUCCCAUCACCCAUAAAUUUAAAUCGUCCAAACUCUGAACCCAUUUCCAAAAAUUUGAGCUUGGAGGAAGAGAAGUCGUGUUCACAAGGAAGCAAUGUUUUUCGAAGGAGGAAGAUUUCGAAGAUCCUGUUGUUUCAUCAUAUCAUCCCUCGACAUCAAAUUCGGAAGAAACAUUCUCAUCUUAAUUCCCUGAGAGCAGAGAUAGCAAACCUGAAAUCAGAGUGUGGAGAUGAAGAUCAUAAAAAAGGCCAUCAAGGUGGUGAAGAGGUAGACAGCGACAGGUUAAAGAAAUCCCAUCCACACCUUCUUCCAGAAGUAGAUAAUACACAUAAGAGUUACAGGCCUUACAUUAGGUACACGAAGCUUGAAUUUGAGGUAGACACAUUCUUUGCAGCUGGAUCUCCUCUUGGUGUUUUUCUUGCCCUCCGAAAUAUCCGUAUUGGGAUUGGCAAGGGUCAAGAUUACUGGCAAGAUGAAAGCAUAUGCGAAGAAAUGCCAUGUUGCCAGCAAAUGUUAAACAUUUUUCAUCCCUUCGACCCUGUAGCAUAUAGGAUAGAGCCACUUGUAUGUAAAGAAUACUCCAAUAAACGCCCCGUAAUCAUUCCCUAUCACAGAGGCGGGAAGAGGUUGCAUAUUAGCUUUCGGGAGUUCACUGAAGACCUAGCAGCUCGCUCUCAAAUAGUUCGAAGUCACCUACAUUCUGUAAGGGUCAAAUUGCUCACACUAUGUCAUCUGGGAGAUGGAGAUAACAUGGAAGCGGAGAGUAAUCAAGAGGCGCAAGAAAGAUCAUAUGGCUCAAUCAUGAUGGAGAAGUUGACAGGAAGUAAAGAAGGUCGCAUUGAUCACACACUUCAAGAUAAAACAUUUCAACAUCCGUACAUAUCAGCCCUAAAAUCACAUUCAAACUACUGGCGGGAUCGUGAUACUGCGCUUUUUAUACUUGAACAUUUGUAUCUUGAUAUACCUGAAGAGCCCGACUCACCUGAUGAAUCCGACUCCGGAAUUUCUGAUAAGACAACCAGCUCUCGUGGCAGAUUUUAUCAAAGUUUGACCUUGCUGGACGAAGACCUUCCUCUAACAUUCUCCGACAGGAAUGUUAUUAAGGAGUUUUCAAGGAAAGUGAAGAAACAAAUGAACAACAGGUAGUGGAAUUUUAUUGCACAACGGGUGCCCAUUACAAAAGAAGUGCCGAAGAAGUUCAAAUUCGAAGGCCGUUUUCAAUUUCCACAAUACCAGGUGAAAAUUCGGUAGGUUUCUGAAGUCAAGUGUAAGUAGGUUAGUUUUUGUCUUUUAGAUUAUCUGAUGAAUUGGUGUGGGUUCGAUGUAAAUAGAUAGUAAUAAAAGGAACGAGAAGUAGCUCUGUAUAUUUUGUCAGGGGGACUAGAAUGUAAUUAAAAUGAAUAGCGAUUUAUUAAAUUCCAGACAAAAUGAAUUUAUUCUUGGCUAAUG